AUGGCAAACCACGACAAAGCUGCAUCGAACUCCCCAGCGUUUAUCAAGUAUCCGAGCACCUGGCAAUUCCCUGGUUUCAGGAUGGAGGCUCGUAAGAUCCGUUCGGCCGAGCUUAGAACCCGGGGCCCCAAGCUCGCUCUCCCUGCCAGGGCCGAUUUUCGUGGAACCGUUAAAAUCCACGGGGCCAAUGCCACCUUAGUCUUUCGUGACCACAAGAACCUUGCCGACGUGACUAUUCAAUCACGCAACAGUCUUGGAUUCGGGGGCUGGGACUGGUGAUAAAAACGGUGUAGCCGAAUUCCUUGCUGGCGUUCCCCUUGAUAGACUAGCGCAGUCCGUUUUCGGGGCCGGGAAGGCCAAGUUUAAGACUCUGAUUAUCGCUGGAGAAUUUGCCGGCCAAGAGGUCCACAAGGGAGUUGGCAUUUCCAGAUUGGAGAGAUUCUUUAUGGUGUUCAAUAUAUGUGUUGAUGACCUCUGGCUCGACAUGGGUCGUCUCUCCGGCGUCGCCCUUCCCGAGUAUCGCAUUUUCAACAUCAUGAACUACAAAACUUUCAAGGUAACCAUCAAUUUGAACGCCGAUACUACCGCCGCCGAACGCCAGAUGAUGGAAUACACCAAGGAGGUCGCUAAUGAGUGUCCGGUCGCGAAAGCCCUAGGCGGGAGUGGCACCGGUGAGGGUAUCGUCUGGACCAUGCUCGUUCCCAUCCGCCAUCACCGCUCUAGAGUGCUUGGCUUCAAGACUAAAUCCGAUAUCUUUUUGGCCACUGCCUACGCCCCCCGUGCCCCCCGGCCGUACCCAUGACCCGAGAACCCAAUAGCGUCGUGGAUGACUUUGUGAAUUAUGCCGUUGGACAGCGUAGACUUGAGCAAGGUAUCGAGUACAUGGUGGAAAUGGGCAUCCCGUUGCAGGCCGAAAACGUCAAGAGCUUCACUAGAUGGGUUACCGAUGAUACCCUCAAGGAGGAGGCCGAGCAAAUGAAGAUUAUGAAAGCCCAUCCCAGCUUGGUCUGUGUUAAGAUUGGGGAUCUAGCUGGAGAUUGGUUCUACAAGAGCCUUGAGAAGAUUAUUGUAGAGGGUAAGCAUGGCCAGAGGUAG